AUGGUCGGCAAACAGUUGCUUGUGGUCGCGCUGACGGCCGCCACUCUUCUCCAUGGCGGAAGCUGUGAACGCCCUCCUUCUCUCACUCACCAGAACCCAUACGCGGAUGCCGACCGAGACCCUUUGGCUGAUUACAUGGAACUCAGAGACAAUGUCACUGAGUACAUGCCGGAGCGCCGGAGAUCGAUUCGACCGAUUUCCGAAUGGCGGAAUCAUGCCGACAUCUUGAAGAGACAGGCACAGGCUGCCGGUGAAGGUGCUUUGCUGUGCCCCACGGGCGAGUGUGCAGAUGGCAGCUGCUGCAGCAAAGACGGAAUUUGUGGUUAUGGCGACUUGUGCGGCGCAGGUUGCAAAAACAACUGUGAUGCUACCGCCAUGUGUGGCAAAGAGUCUGCGGGCGGCGCUAUCAAGUGUGGAAUGGAUCUGUGCUGCAGUUCUGGAGGUUGGUGCGGUACCUCGGAAACCCAUUGCAUCGGUCCAAACAAGUUCUCCCCUUGUCAGGAAGGCUUCGGAAAGUGCAGCAUCAUCCGACCCAAGACUUGCGGCGAGGGCUCCGGGACCACUGGAGGUAGAACCAUCGGCUACUACCAGGCCUCAAACGUCCGAGACCGUGUCUGCAAUCGCAUUGCGCCGUCGCAGAUCAAGACCGCCGGCUAUUCUCAUCUUUACUUCGCCUUUGCGUCAAUCGAUCCUGCUUCGUUCGCCGUCAUUCCUGCACAGGCCGCAGACGAGCCACUUAUGCGUGAGUUCACCGCGUUGAAGAAGUCAGGUCUACAGACUUGGGUUGCUGUUGGUGGCUACGACUUCAGCGACAAGGAACGCAGCACGCACACGACCUGGCAUGACCUCUGCGCAAGCCCGGCUGCGCGCGCUGCAUUCAUCGCAUCUGGCAAGACUUUCAUGGAUAAAUACGGCUUCCAAGGUAUGGACCUCGAUUGGGAAUACCCUGGAGACCCUAAGCGCGGUGGCUCUCGCGCCGAUAUCGCCAACUUUGUGCUGUUGCUCAAGGAGAUGCGCGCUUCUUACGGAUCUCAGUAUGGCAUCAGCCUCACGCUUCCUCCAGACAUUUGGUAUGGUCAAUAUUUUGAUGCCAAGGGCCUCGAGCCGUAUGUCGACCACUUUGGUUUCAUGUCUUAUGAUCUUCACGGCUCUUGGGAUUCCGACGUCAAGACUUUGGGCGCUAUCAUCCGCGGUCAGGCUGACGUUCGGGAGAUUUACAACAACACCAUUCCUCUUGCCUAUGCUGAUUUGGACUUUUCCAAAAUUGUCUUCGGUGUUGCCUGGUACGGCCGUGGCUACACAGUUUCGGAUACUACUUGCAACACCCUUGGAUGCGGCUUCAAAGGUCCCAGCAAGCCAGCAAAGUGCACCAACCAGGCCGGCGUUAUGUCUCUCACUGAGAUCCAGGAUUUGAUCAAGGAGAAGGGUCUCCAGCCCCGCUUGCUCGAAGGCGCCAUGAUGAAGGAGCUUACAUGGGAUGACCAGUGGAUCGGUUACGAUGACGAGGAGACUGUCGCACUGAAGAAGAAAUUCGCCAACAAUUACUGCUUCGGAGGCACCAUGGCGUGGAGUGUUGACUUCAACUCUGGCACUGGCGACUCAAACUCGGCACCCGUCUCAACCGACGGUCAAUGUGGCCCUUCCAACGGCGGCACUACUUGCACGGGCAGUACCUUUGGCAAGUGCUGCUCCUCCAGCGGCUGGUGUGGCACCGAUGACGCACACUGCGGCUCUGGUUGCCAGAGUGGUGAUUGCGUCAAGGGUGCCGUGACUACGGAUGGCAGCUGCGGCAUUGGUGCAAACGAUGCCAUUUGCGGUUCAUGGCCUCAGGGUGACUGUUGCUCGCCUCAGGGUUGGUGCGGCAAUACCGAUGCUCACUGCGGUACGGGUUGCCAGAGUGGCAGCUGCAAAAACAAGGGAACCUCGACGAAGCCGACUUCGUCUGCUGGGGGAUCCGGCUCGACACCGACGAAGUCAUCUGUUGCCACGCCUACCGCGACCGAAGAGGCAUGGGAUAUGAAUUACAAUUGGGAAAACCACUUCGCCAACGAUCAGAAGUGUAUUUUCUACAAGCCCCCCAAGUGGGAGGCGACGCAGAAUGACUGCAACCACGUCUGCAAAGAGUCCAACGAGGCUAACCAUGAACUCGGCGUCACCACCUCUGCUACCUGUGUCGGUUUCUACCCGGUAGACAAGAAGAUACCCUGGGAGAGCGUCGGCAAGGGCCUUUCCGGCAUGGUUGCGCCUGGAGUUUGUGUCUGUGAUAACCCUGUCAUCAACUGGUUGGGAAACACAUUCGUCGAGAUGCUGCCGGCGAUGGCCCAAAUCACGUGUUAUGUUUACAUCCAUUCUUUCAAGUUAGUUCUUGAGGAGGGCCUGGAGUUUAUUCCCGAAGGCAAGGCCAUGUCAGGUGGAAUGAAGGCGCUCGUCAACGCUGCAAAGCUGUUCAAGUGGACCUACUCAACGGUUGACGCGGUCAACGCCUUCACGCACUGGUUGCAUCCUUGCGACACCGACUUGGUACCCAAGGACUUCGAGGACGUCUUUGACAAACUCACUUCCAUCUCGGAUGAGGUUGUCGGCUGGGUGAAGCCUUCGAAGGUGGCCAAGGGCAGCGGCAAGAAGGGAGACAAGGGAUAUCCUAACUGA